CUGACACAUUUGUCCUGUGUAGCUCCCCUAUAAAAUCAUCUGCACCCUUCUCAGCAUCUGCCAAACACUCCCUUGUUUACCCCCACACACAAAAUACAUAUCCUGAAUCCUGAUGGACAAAAGAGUAACUGCCAAUCAGCCAUGGCGACCCGAGCCGACCUCACAAUCGGACAAGGUUCAUCCGCCAGAGACUCUACAGAAAUCAAUGGAGUUUCUCUCCCACUCUUUCAGUGCCUCGGCAAUUGACAUUUCGAAGACCGCCAUUAAUCCUUCAAAACACAUUUUCUCGGAAGAAGAUGGUGCUGUAAAAGAAGGAAAUCCGUUCAGUUUCGCUUCCUCUGAAACAUCAAAGAUUAUUAUGGAGCGUAUUAUGUCACAAUCUCAAGAGGUAUCUCAACAGGAAUCUGGUAGGCUGUCGCAUAGUAGUGGACCACUGAAUGGCUCGUUCACUGAUAGUUCUCCGGUGUCUCCUGAAAUCGACCAUGUCAAGCAUGGUCGCCAGAACAAUCAGACCAAUUUGCAGUACCGGUCAGCCAUCAAUCUUACAGGAGUUGCUCAAAGAGCCCCAACUGGGAAGAAUGUCGGGAGAUGGCUUAAAGACAGGAGAGAAAAAAAGAAGGAAGAGAUGAGAGCACAUAAUGCACAGCUCCAUGCUAAAGUUUCUGUGGCAGGUUUAGCUUCAGCUAUUGCUGCAAUGGCUGCUUUAACUGCUGCUUCAUCAAGAACUGGUAAGGACCAAGAGGCUGCACAAACUGAUGUGGCUGUCGCAUCUGCUGCUACACUUGUUGCUGCUCAAUGUGUCGAGGCUGCUGAAGCCAUGGGUGCGGACAGGGAGCUUUUAGCGUCUGUUGUUAGCUCUGCUGUUCGUGUUCAAUCUCCUGGUGAUGUCAUGACGUUAACUGCUGCUGCUUCCACAGCGUUGCGUGGGGCUGCAACAAUGAAAGCAAGAGCGUUAAAGGAUGUGUGGAACAUUGCAGCUGUGCUUCCAGCCGAGAAAGGGAUGAGUAUGAGCAUUGGCAGCAACAGUUCUAGUUGCAGUCACAGUGGUGAAUUAUUUCUUGAGGACAACUUUCGGAUCGGCAGCAGGGAGCUACUUGCUAGAGGCUGUGAGCUUUUGAAACGUACUCGAAAAGGUGAUCUUCACUGGAAAAUUGUAUCAGUUUACAUCAAUAGAAUGAACCAGGUUACACUAAAGAUGCAAAGCAAACACAUUGCUGGGACCAUUACUAAGAAUAAAAAGUAUGAGGUAAUUGAAGUUAUUAAAGAUAUGCCGCCUUGGUCUGGUCGUCACUUGCUUGAGGGUGGCGAUUGCAGGAGAUAUUUCGGACUAAAUACCAUCGCUCGUGGUGUUGUUGAGUUUGAGUGUCGCAGCCAUAGAGAAUAUGAGGUUUGGACCGUAGGAGUCUCUAGGCUACUUGCUCUUUCUGUCGACAAGAGCAAUAGACAUAAGAUCUGACGAUACUUGGUACUUGCUAUAUGUUUUUGUGAUCAAUGUAUAAGGAUUAAUGCGUUUCAAGUUUUAUGGUUAUGUUGUUAUAUUCCUUUUGUUUGAAUUUGUUAUAAUUUGACCAGAAUUUUGAGAAUUUUUUGGUCAAAGUGUAACAAACAAAUUAAAACGGAUAGAGUAAUAUAUUUUAGCAGUAUGAUAUUUUUUUGCAAGG